AUGUCCUUGAGGCUGGGCACCACCGACGCCAUCGUGGUCUCCACCGCCGCGGCGGCGCGCGACGUGCUGCAGAGGUACGACCACGUGCUGGCGGCGCGGUCGGAGGAGGGAGUGAGGCAGCUGGUCGCCUGCCUGGGCUGGCACGCCGGCGCCGGCGAGACCGUGGACGUGGGCCGCGCCGUGUUCUCGUGCGUGCUCAACCUCGUCUCCCGCGCGCUCUUCUCCGAGGACGUGGUGGCCGACCUGAGCUCGGACCUCGCGCAGGAGCUGGAGAUGCUGGUGAGGGACACCGUCGAGGAGGUCACCAAGCCCAACCUCUCGGACCUCUUCCCCGUGCUCGCCAGGCUCGACCUGCAGGGCCGCCGCCGUCGCUCCGCUGAGUUCGUAGCGAGGUUCUACGACUUCUUCGAUCCGAUCAACGCCCGCCGUAUCAAAGCGCGCGGCAGCGGUGAGAAGAUUGAUGAUGAUUUCAUAGACGUGUUGCUUCAGCUUCACUCGAUGGAUCAACUCAGCCUGCAAACCAUCAAGUCUUUUCUUUUGGAUCUCUCUGCCGCUGGAACCGACACGAACGCGAUCACGGUGGAGUGGACGAUGGCCGAGCUGCUCCGGCACCCGGCCGUGAUGUCCAAGGUGGGCGGCUUCGCGGUGCCAGCCGGCACCAAGGUGAUCAUAAACCUAUGGACGAUCAUGCGCGACCCGGCGUCGUGGGCGGAGCCCGAGGCGUUCGUGCCGGAGCGGUUCGUGGGCGCGAGCGACGCGGACUUCCGUGGGAAGGACCGACUCGAGUUCAUGCCGUUCGGGGCCGGGCGGAGGGCGUGCCCCGGCACGCCGAUGGCCACGCGGGUGGUGACUCUGCUCCUGGCCUCCAUGCUCCACGCGUUCGAGUGGAAGCUGCCCGAGGGGAUGCAGCCGGGCGACGUGGACGUCAGGGACCGGUUCGGCACGUCGCUCAACAUGGUCACGCCGCUCAAGGCCGUGCCGGUGCCGUCGCACCGGUGA